AUGGAGGAACUGAACGCUGCUAAAGUCAUUGCUGUUGGCCCUGGUGAUCGUGAUAGGGAUGGUAAGCUGAUCCCUGUAUCUCUGAGUGAAGGCGACACUGUUCUACUUCCUAAGUAUGGUGGAACUGAAGUGAAGCUUGCUGAAAAAGAGUAUGUUAACAUAUGCAUGCUAUUUUGA